AUUUGACAAACAAACUUUGUUUGUAGGUUGAGGUUAUUGCAAAUUCACGGAUAAAUACUGUUGUUCCCAGAUAAUAAAAGAUACCUGGAUCUUUUGUGUGUAAUGACAUUUAUCAAAAUUCCGGCAUAAUUAGAACAAACGUAUCACUUGUCUAAAUAAUUUAUAUGUUAACAAGUAUUUAUAUCAACGGAGUGUCGUGCUCGGAACAGUUUUAGCCAUAGGUGUUUAAUAAGGCCGAAAAUAUGGAGAACCGUAUCAGAUGUUAUGAAGAUAUCGCUUCUGAGGCAUUUGAUUUAGAAAACUAUGUGUCUGAUACAUCAUCUGAUCAGCUUGAUGUGGAGGCUAUGAUACUUAAAAUUUAUAAGCAAUUUGAAAAAUCAACUGAUAUUGAGCCUGAAUUUCCUGUUGUAAGAAAACGAGUUCAUGUACAAUUAUUAAAAGAUUAUCUCAGAAAAUUGCCAACUAACUAUGAGUGUUUGGAUGCUAGUAGAACAUGGAUAGUCUAUUGGAUCUUACACAGUUUGUGGUUACUCAAUGAUAUGCCUGAUGCAGAAACACUAUCUGAUGCAGUUUACUUUUUGAACUUAUGUCAACAUGAAGAAGGUGGCUAUGGUGGUGGCCCAGGGCAAUACCCUCAUCUUGGAACAACCUAUGCUGCUGUAAAUGCCCUUAGUAUCAUAGGUACCGAAGAAGCUUACAACUCUCUGGAUAGAAGCAGCCUGCAAAAGUUUUUAUGGACAGUUAGAGAUGUUGAUGGAUCAUUUGCCCUUCACAAGGGCGGGGAACAAGAUAUAAGAGGUGCUUACUGUGCAGUUAGCAUAGCUAAAAUUACAAACACAUACACAGAUGCCUUAUUUGAUAAAACUGCUGAGUGGAUAGUUGGCUGUCAGACCUAUGAAGGAGGGUUUGGUGGUUGUCCUGGUAUGGAAGCACAUGGGGGAUAUGCAUUCUGUGGGAUUGCAUCCCUAGCAUUGUUGAAUAAGACGCAACUUUGUGAUAUUGAUGCCCUACUAAGGUGGUGUGUAAACCGGCAGAUGCGUUUGGAAGGUGGGUUCCAAGGGAGGACCAACAAGCUAGUUGAUGGCUGUUAUUCAUUUUGGCAAGGUGCUGCAUUCCCCAUUAUCAGUGCUAUUCUGUCACAAGACAAUAAAGAGUUAAUAGAAACUGUACUCUUUGAUCAAGGUGCAUUGCAAGAGUACAUCAUUAUCUGUUGUCAAGCAUUACCCAGUGGUGGUUUUAUUGAUAAACCUGGCAAGCAUAGAGACAUCUACCACACUUGCUAUGCUCUCAGUGGGCUGUCUGUUGCUCAACACGGCACAGGGGCGGGCGACCCCUUCGUUGUCGGCCGACCAAAGAAUGAGCUUAACAGAAUACAUCCUUUGUAUAACGUGGCGCCGCAUCUCGCCUACAAUGCUGUUCAUUACUUCAUAAGGCAUCCUCCACCAGUCAAAGACAAAAAUUAAUUAAUUCUGACAAUAUCCAAAGCUUAUCUUUGUCCCAUAGUUUUCUAUGUGCCUCGCUAAAUAAAAUAUUAAAAUGUUUUGUGGUGUGUGUGUGUCUGAAAAUAAGUUCAAUAGUCAAUGUUCACAUAUUCUGAUAAGGCUUUCACUGUCACAGUUAUCAUUUUUAAAACAGCAAAAAUCAGUGUCAUGCUGUGACUUUCAAGUUAUCACAUUUCUUUUCUGUGAUUAAAAAGAUAUUUAAAUUAUAAUGUCAUGGUUGUUAAUAAGUGAAUUUAUAAAUAAUGAUAAUAUGAACUAUUGUAAUACAUAUUUUCAUGAAUUUUACACAACACAAUUUACAUUCCCUAUCCUAUGUAGAUAAGUCACAAUUCUAUUUUCCAGAUAAUCUUUAUUAAAUUGGGUGGCAUAAGAGUAUUAUAAAACAAUGCAUUUUAUUAUGCUAAUUUAUUUAUUUUGUCGUUUUGAUAUAAUAAAUUGUAACUAUUA